GCUGUCCCGGCCGCCGCCGCGGCGCAUUGUGCAGCAGGCGGGCCGCCGCGCGGCAGGGAACUGGACCGGCGCGGCUCCCGGGGAUGGUGAGCAAGGCGCUACUGCGCCUCGUGUCUGCCGUCAACCGCAGGAGGAUGAAGCUGCUGCUGGGCAUCGCCCUGUUCGCCUACGUCGCUUCUGUUUGGGGCAACUUCGUUAAUAUGAGCUUUCUACUCAACAGGUCUAUCCAAGAAAACAGUGAACUCAAAAUUGAAAGCAAGAUUGAAGAGAUUGUUGAACCACUAAGAGAAAAAAUCAGAGAUUUAGAAAAAAGCUUUACCCAGAAAUACCCACCAGUGAAGUUUUUAUCAGAAAAGGAUCGUAAAAGAAUUUUGAUAACCGGUGGCGCGGGGUUCGUGGGCUCCCAUCUAACGGACAAACUCAUGAUGGACGGCCACGAGGUAACCGUGGUAGACAACUUUUUCACGGGCAGGAAGAGAAACGUAGAGCACUGGAUAGGACACGAGAACUUCGAGCUAAUUAAUCACGACGUGGUGGAGCCCCUCUAUAUCGAAGUUGACCAGAUAUACCAUCUGGCAUCGCCAGCCUCCCCUCCAAACUACAUGUAUAAUCCUAUCAAGACGUUAAAGACCAAUACGAUUGGGACGCUAAACAUGUUGGGGCUGGCAAAACGAGUCGGCGCCCGUCUGCUCCUGGCCUCCACGUCCGAGGUGUAUGGAGAUCCUGAAGUCCACCCUCAGAGUGAGGAUUACUGGGGCCACGUGAAUCCCAUCGGCCCACGGGCCUGCUACGACGAAGGCAAGCGUGUCGCAGAGACCAUGUGCUAUGCCUACAUGAAGCAGGAAGGCGUGGAAGUGCGGGUGGCCAGAAUCUUCAACACCUUCGGGCCGCGCAUGCACAUGAACGACGGGCGGGUGGUCAGCAACUUCAUCCUGCAGGCACUGCAGGGCGAGCCGCUCACGGUGUAUGGAUCGGGGUCUCAGACGAGGGCGUUCCAGUAUGUCAGCGAUCUGGUGAAUGGCCUCGUGGCUCUCAUGAACAGCAACGUCAGUAGCCCGGUCAACCUGGGGAACCCAGAAGAACACACAAUCCUAGAAUUUGCUCAGUUAAUUAAAAACCUUGUUGGUAGCGGAAGCGAAAUUCAGUUUCUCUCUGAGGCCCAGGAUGAUCCACAGAAAAGAAAACCGGACAUCAAGAAAGCCAAGCUGAUGCUCGGAUGGGAGCCUGUGGUCCCGCUGGAGGAAGGUUUAAACAAAGCAAUUCAUUACUUCCGCAAAGAACUCGAGUACCAGGCAAAUAAUCAGUACAUCCCCAAACCAAAGCCCGCCAGAAUAAAGAAAGGACGGACUCGCCACAACUGAGCCCCUCAUUUCUUAGGACUCAAGACUCCGUGUUUUACACUCGAUGGGAUGUAUUUUUGGUUUGUUUGGUUUUUUUUUUAAAGAAAGACUUAAACAGGUGUCAUGAAGAACAAACUGGAAUUUCAUUCUGAAGCUUGCUUUAAUGAAAUGGAUGUGCCUAAAAGCUCCCUUCAAAAAACUGCAGAUUUUGCCUUGCACUUUUUGAAUCUUUUUAUGUAAAAUAGCGUAGAUGCAUCUCUGCGUAUUUUCAAGUUUUUUAUCUUGCUGUGAGAACGUAUGUUGUGACUGUCAUUGACAGUUUUAUUUACUGGUUUCUUUGUGAAGCUGAAAAGGAACAUUAAAUGGGACGAAAAAUGCCGAUUUUAUUUAUAAAAGUGGGUACUUAUAAAUGAGACGUUAUACUAUGCAUAAAGAAAAAAAAAAAAACCUAACAGUAUUGUCAGGUGGGUGGCACCCCGGCAUUUAUUUUCGGGCAGAUAAAAGAAUUCUGUUUGAGAGCUUUAUGUUUCUCUUUUAAUUCAGAAUUUUUCCAAGGUCUAGUUUUUAGUUGCAAACUUGACUUUGAAGCAUUUCUGUUGGUUAUCACAAACAAGAAUAUUUGAAAUCACUACUGUAUUGUGCUGCAUAUUCGGGGGUGGGGGUGGGACAAAGUUAACAUAUUCUUGUUUAACCGUGGUUAAGUAUGCUAUUUUAAUAAAAUAUGGAAACUCAUCAGUCAU